GCAGGGGGGGUGAUCCACGCCAUGGCUUUGACGUGUUUGGCGGUGCGGCAGCUGGAAAGACACAUGACUGUUUGAAGACGGCGGCUAUGGGUGGUGGAGCGCAGCAGGGGUGUUUGGAGGGACUUGCAGCGAAGGUGGUUUUGCAGGCUUCCAUGGCCCUUGUUUUUGGAAGUCUGUGCUCGCAUCAGUCCUCAUACCCAACGCUCCCCCACCAAUUUCCGACUGCCAUUACCUGCCGGGCAGAAGUUUGCACGCGCCCUCAUCAGGUGGGCGACAGGCGGGUACUUCAGACAAUCAUCACACGCAAUGGGUGUGGGGCUCGCCAGUGCAUUGCAGAGCAACGAAGACGUCGCUGAUGCUUUGAUCCACGAGUAUGGCCAUCUUCUUCGGUUCCCCACAGGACGGCGUUUGGAGGAAGUGCAGAACGCUUUCAAGGCGAAAGGGUUUGCUGGUUGUGUCGGGGCUAUAGAUUGCAUACACGUGUACAUCGAUACACCAAAGGGAAUGCAAUUGGAGUGCUACUACCAUCACACCGGAGACUUUUUGGUAGUCGUGCAGGUGGUUUGCGAUCGUGAGUGCAGGAUUGUGAGCGUGUUCGUUGGCUGUCCAGGGUCUGUGCAUGAUUCACGCGCGUUGCAUUUGUUGCCGUUAUACCGCAACACGACUUCGGGGCAAGGAGUGCUGAGUGGGCAUGGAGCGAUUCUGGACGACGGGAGGCAUGCCAGGCGUUAUCUUUUGGGCGGUGCCGGUUACCCUCUUCUACCCUGGAUUAUGAUUCCAAUGGGCAGAUUUAACUGGACAUCCGCAGACAGCACAUACGAUGAGUGCCACACGUCGGCGAGGAGUUGCAUUGAGCGGACAUUCGGGCGUUUGAAGAGUGUGUGGCAGAAUUUCAUCCACACACACAUCACGAACUUGAAGACUUUGCGCAAGGAGAUAAUGGCGGUGUGCAUUCUCCACAACCUGAUAAUAGAUCACGGGGUGGAGAUCGACCCCGCGUUGAUGAAUGACAGCAGCGACAGCAAUGGGAAGGGCCCACGUCGGCCAGUCCGUCGAUGGCGGCAGUGGCGCCGGCGAGUGCAACGACAUCUGCGAGACCUCAACGUGGAAGCCGUGGCGGAGGAUGACCCUAGCUAUGGUUGUGAUCUAGCAAAGCGGAUAAUGACAAGCUUGGUAGAUCAUGUUGACCACCACGUCGUUGUUCACAGUGGACUGGCUGCGAACCCGUUGCUCGGCAACCAGUCCAAGGCCACCCAACACUUCAGCACCGCACGCGAGCAUGACAGGUGCCCGCACGCGUGCGUGUACAUUCUUAAGGAGUUGCAAAGGGCGGGCAUAGCCUUGAAGGGCUCGCUCCCUGUCUAUGUGCGGGAGGUUGAUAGGGAGGGUGAGCUCGAUUUCGAGAAUCCCCUCAACUGGAGAUUGCCUGGUGGUGUAGCACGACAUCCCACCCUGGUCCCUGUGCAUGAUUUGGCACAGGGGCGAGGGCGGGCGGACCGAGAAGGUCCAGCACCGGUGGCACGACAGGACGGAGCGCGCCCCUUCGGAGGAGUGGGCACCUCUGGAGCAGUGGGCCCGUCUAGUGGAGGGGGAGAGGGAGCAGGAGAGGGCAAGUCAGGGGUAGAGGGAGCAGGAGAGGGCUCGUGCGGGGGAGGGGACGAGUGGGACGAGACAGAGCAUGUAGAGCACGCAAGGGCGAGAUGGUUUGAUCCAGUGGGGAAGAGGCCGCAUGGUGCUUCACAUUUGCAGCCAGGGAGGAGACGGUGUGUGCCUGAGGGGGCUGCUAGCGGUCCGUGGGACGAGCAGCAGUGGUGGAGGGAGAGGAUGCUCCAGCGAGCGGGAGAUGAGGGCAUACCUGUCCCUGCCGACCUCGAGGAAGGGCUGGCGGCAGACCCUGCGGAGCGGAGACGGGCUCGGCACCGAGUGCCUAGAGUGACCCAGACUCGUCUCGAUGGUUGGGUUGAGCACCCCAUCCAGUAUGACCUCGACAUGGCGUACAUCAGAUUCUUCGUGGGCUAUGGUAUCCCGUUCAACGUCGCUAGAUCGGAGUGGUAUUUGGCUUUACACGAGGUCUACCUCAGUCAGUUCAAGGCUCCGUACCGACCUCACCAGCCGAGGUCUGAGUUACUGAGGGAGCUCGCUACUCGAUCUCCCACUCUGGCAUCAGUCGUCUUUCGCGGCAGGGUGCCAGUGGACAUUGCAGUGGCACAGGGGCGCACGACUCCCCAGGCACUGGUCUUCGUCGUGCAGCCACCCGCGCGGAUUUCGGUGCACGGGCGACGAUGCCGUUGCCGGCCAAAGACCCCUCAGUCAUCAUCGAGCAGAUUCGACCAUUCGUUGGUCGCAAGCAGAAGCCUAAGAGUGCCACGGGACAGGAGAUCAGGGGAGCUGCAGGUUGUGGCAGAGGCCGAGGCCGACCAUCGGGAGAGGGGUUGGGGUGCGGGCGAGAGGGAUAUGUCAGGACAGGUACACGGGAGAGGAGUGGGGCGAGGGAGAGGAGAAGGACGUCCCAGAGGCCGGCCACCGGGACGGGGGAGAGGAGAGGGACGUGCCACGACACGAGGGGGCGGUGCACCACGGAGGAGAGCCCCCGCAGAUGGAAGAGACGAUCAUGCGGACGCAGCGCCGGUCACAUCAUCGAGCGCCGAGGCCGAGGAGGGCAUAGCGCUGCGCAUCACCAGGAGGCGCAGGGGAGAGGCGACGAUGAGGGCAGCACAAGCAUCCGCAGCCACAUCAGGCUCGAGCACAUCGGCAUCAUCGGGCGACCCGGAUUUCGAGGGGGGCGUUGAGGAGGACGAGGAGGAGGCAGAGGUCGAUGCAGACAUUGCGGCGGGAGGGGGUGAUAUGACCGUAUAGUUUUGUACAGUUUUCGUUUUGUGUGCGGGUGUGCUUAGUGUGUUUGUGUGUGUGUGUGUGUGUGUGUGUGUGUGUGUGUGUGUGUGUGUGUGUGUGUGUGUGUNCACACACACACACACACGCACCCACACCCACACACCCACACACCCACACCCACACGCCCAGACACACGCAUGUACCCCGUGUAACCGGAUGUCCUUGUCAUCAGAGUACAGAACGGAAACCACAUAUACGCACCGUAACAAAAAAUACAAUGUGGA